AUGGCGGCAUUUGACCCGAAUGACCAUGUUGUCUACUCCACCAUGGAGGAGGUGGAUGAUUUGCCUCGUCUCAAGCGCUUCGGAAAUCUAGUCCUGAAUGUGGGCUCCAGCAGCUCUGACGAGUCGACGGAUGCACAAACCAUCAUCGCACCUUCUCAGGCUAGCUAUCGGGAGGAUGUGAAGCACGACCCCUACGGCGAUUCGCACCCUGGCUUGGACAUUCCUACUCCUGAAAUUUCUUCUCUUCCGGCUCGCAUCGGCACUCCACGCCCUCCAGUGCCCUCCGAUGACCACCACCUGGCCGACGCCAGUGAUGCGUCGAGCUUCUACGACGGGCACUACAAGUCCAAUGCCUUCUCCUUUUCUCGGGGCAGGCAAGUGGCUCAGAAGCCCUGUUCCAAUGAUGCCAGUGAAGGCACAUUGGAUGAACGUUACGACGCGGACGAUGAGCUGAGCACAGUCUAG